AUGGCCGCCCUUGCCGCUGCCGUUCGCCCCUUCGCCGGCGGCGCCCCUCGUCGCGCCGCGCCUGCCCCUUCUGACGCUAGUGUGCGCGCGUCUGGGAAGAAGCCGCGGCACGUCGUUGCUCCCGCACGAGACACGUCGGUUUGCCACGCCGGGGUCGACGAGUUGUACGUGCCCAGCCAGAAGCGCAAGAUGACCUGCAACCGCAACAACGUCGAGGAUGUAAAUUUCGGUAAAAUUGCCGCCGACACGAAGGUCUUAACCGUCGGCGGAGAGAUGUCAGCUCGGGAGCUCCUACAGAAGCGCCUGGCGUGCGAGCUCGAUGUCUUGAGCGGUCUCCUAAAGAAAGCAGAGCUUAUAUCCCGGCGUGGGGCAUGCAAGGGCGGCGCAACAACUGCCGGCAAGAAGGAGCGGUUCUUGGCCUCCAAACAGCGACCUGAGCCGUUGGUGGAUGGUGGAGGCAAUGCGCCUUUGGUGAAGAGGAGGAAGAUUUCAACUCUGGUGGAGCAGAAGCAGAUACGGGCGCCGCGGAUGUCGCAAGAAGAGAGGAAUCAGCUUGCUGGUCGCCUGUCCUCGCUGUCUGAGGAACUGCCAGGGCACAUCUUUGAGUUCCUGCUGAAGCACUUCGGCGAUGCCGAUACCCGUGGUGAGAUCGAGAUUGGCAUUGACUCUGCGGAAGACUCUGUACUGUUCGAGCUAAAGACACAGCUCGACAAGUUUGCCCAGGAACUCCCCAUCGUCGUGGAUGUCCUCCCGGAGGAAAAGGAUGAGAAGCUCGCUGAGGAGAGCAAAAGCAAAGGCAGCAGGCCAAGCUCAAGAAGCAGCAGUGGUUCAGACACGGGCAGUUACUCUGAUCGCAAAAGCGACUCCGACGAGUUCCCAGCUCUACGGGGAGCUCUCCCCGAGCAGAUCACUGUGACGUCUGCGCAGCCACCGUCGGAGCCGGCAUCAGGGACGGCGCAGAGUGGUGAAGCAAAGAAGGUCAAAGACGUCCAGCGUGCCGCGCCCAAGAUUGUUUACCUGGCCGGUCUGAUCUACAGGGCGAAGGUUCGCCGAGGGCUGAUGGAGAUGGAGAAGGCGGUGCUGCCCGACGAGAGCAUCCACCCGCGGGACCUGCAGCGUCUCGGCAUCGCCGAGUAUGGCCAUCCCAGCAUCAUGCGACAGCUCGGGCUCUUCCUCAAGGCCAACGACGCGUAG